AGAGUUUACAAAGGUCUAGGGUGACAUCUGCUGUAUUGACUGUGGCCAGUCUUAAAGCUAGUUGUUGCUAUUUGGAACGUGCUGCUCUAAUUCAGAUUUAAAGAGUUUCUUCCUGUUAAUUCGAAGCUCACUGUGCCUCUUGUUUCCAAGGGAAGGAGGACUGAUUAAGUCAUCUAAAUGGAUGCAAUACUGAAUUACAGGUCAGAAGAUAUUGAAGAUUACUACACAUUACUGGGAUGUGAUGAACUAUCUUCGGUUGAACAAAUCCUGGCAGAAUUUAAAGUCAGAGCUCUGGAAUGUCACCCAGACAAGCAUCCUGAAAACCCCAAAGCUGACCCAGGAGUUAAAUCAGAAUGUCUCGCAAGACUUCCGGCAUCAUUUGCUCAUAUAAGCUUACAAAAUGAGAUCUCUCUUCCCAGAACUGUGGAGACUUUUCAGAAACUGCAGAAGGCAAAGGAGAUUCUGACCAAUGAAGAGAGUCGAGCUCGCUAUGACCACUGGCGAAGGAGCCAGAUGUCGAUGCCAUUCCAGCAGUGGGAAGCUUUGAAUGACUCAGUGAAGACGUCCAUGCACUGGGCCGUCAGAGGUAAAAAAGACCUGAUGCUGGAAGAAUCUGACAAGACUCAUACCAGCAAGAUUGAAAAUGAGGAAUGGAAUGAGCAAAGAGAAAGAAAGAAAGAGGAGCUGGCUUCAACCACAGAGAAAACGGAGAAGAAAGAACCCAAGCCCCUGGAGAAGUCAGUCUCCCCGCAAAAUUCAGAUUCCUCAAAUUUUUCAGAUGCGAAUGGUUGGCACCUUCGUUUCCGCUGGUCCAAGGAUGCUCCCUCAGAACUCCUGAGGAAGUUCAGAAACUAUGAAAUAUGAAAUAUCUCUGCUUCAAAAAUGAGGAAGAGCAAGACUGUCUUCUAUGCUGCCAACAUGCAGUCUUUGUUUAUAUAUUAAAAAUGUCAUGUUUAUAUGUCAUGUCUGUGAAUUGCUGAGUACUAAUUAAUUCCUCCAUCCUUGAAUCAGUUCUCAUAAUGCUUUUUAAAUGAGAAAAAUUCAGAAGAUGAAUUUCUCCCAAUAUUUGAAUAAAUUAAAGCUCUUAGAUACAGAGUAGAUUGUAUUACAUGCUUUUUCCUGUUAACACUACUUAUAGAAAUCCAUUAAAAAAUCAAUCUCUGUACAGUGUAUUUAAAUAUUUCGUCAAUAUACUGUGAUCUCUAUUGUGAUGGGUGUACAAAAAAUGUUUUCUUACCCUUGACUUACAAUGAAAUGUGAAAUUACUUGUCUAAAUCCCGUGGAGAAAAAUAAAUAAUUUUCCCAAAGUUCAUAA